GUUUGAAUUCCGUCUUGAAAGAACUUGUAAUUCUGCUUGAAAAGUUUGUGGAAAAGGUAUCCACAGGAUACAUUAUGGAUUUUAAUCAGGAGACUGGCUACAGGAAGAGCUAUAAGGUAAAGGCCUUUCCAGAUGACUUGCCACUAUACGCCCCUGUGGUCAGCAGAAAUCCCUCAGGAAACUUGCUCUCAGGUCUGGGACCUUCAAUGCUUGUAAGAGAAGAAAAGGUAUCCACAGGAUCCAAUAUGGAUUUUAAUCAGGAGACUGUCUACAGGAAGAGCUAUAAGGUAAAAGCCUUUCCGGAGGACUUGCCACAAUAUGCCCCCGUGGUCAGCAGAAAUCUCUCAGGUCUGGGGCCCUCAAUGCUUGUAAGAGAAGAAAAGGUAUACACAGGAUCCAAUAUGGAUUUUAAUCAGGAGACUGGCUACAGGAAGAGCUAUAAGGUAAAAGCCUUUCCGGAGGACUUGCCACAAUAUGCCCCCGUGGUCAGCAGAAAUCCCUCAGGAAACUUGCUCUCAGGUCUGGGGCUCUCAACACUUGGAAGAGAAGAAAAGGCAUCUGUCUUCUCUAGUACAGGGAAAAUGUUGGAACCUAUAUGUCUAAUUGAGAACACGACAAAAAAUGAGCUCAAAGUCAAUCAGGAAGCAGUAGCCAUUUUAAGCUCCUUCCAUCAGCCUGUAGUUGUGGUGUCUAUUGUGGGCAUGUACCGCACUGGCAAGUCCUACCUGAUGAAUCGAUUGGCUGGGAAGAAUAAAGGAUUUGCUCUGGGCUCCACUAUCCAGUCUAAGACAAAGGGUAUCUGGAUGUGGUGUGUUCCUGUUCCUGGUAGAGAACAAACACUGGUCUUGCUGGACACUGAAGGACUGGGAGAUGUGGAGAAGGGGGACGAUAAGAAUGACCACUGGAUCUUUUCCCUGGCUGUGUUACUAAGCAGUACUUUGAUCUACAACAGCAUUGGUACCAUCAACAAUGUUGCUGUGAUGAAUCUACAAUAUGUGACUGAGCUGACAAAACACAUCAAGGUAAAGUCCAACGAUGAGGAUGAAGCCGAUGCUUCUGCUGAGUAUGUCCGCUUCUUCCCCUCCUUUAUCUGGGCAGUAAGAGAUUUUACCCUGGACCUUGAGGCUAAUGGGAAACCCAUAACAGCUGAUGAAUAUUUGGAGAACUCCCUCAAGCUGAAGCCUGGUAAAUGCAUAACACUGCCAUUCACUGUUUACUCCAUGAAGGCUAUAGUACAAAUGAACGGAGCAAUGAUUUUUUUAUGGGUUUAUUCAUUUCAAUGAAAAGGCCCAUACUACUCUUCACCUAGUAAGUGAUACUUUCCGAAAUUGCGCUUACCCAUUGAAAUGAACGGAGCUGAUUUCACUGCUGAGUAGUAGCCCUUGCCUAGACGGACGGACUGACAUAUCGUUUGUCUCGGUGCACCUUACGGAUCGCGUGCAAUUCCAUCGCAAAAAAAAAAAAACCCUUUAUUUAGUUAUUUAUUAUGGGCCUAUUCAUUUUAAUGAAAAGGCCUAUAUUACUCUUCACCUAGUGAAUGAUACUUUCCAAAUUUGCGUUUACCCAUUGAAAUGAACGGAGCUCACUUCGGUGCCAAGUCUUAGGGCUUGCCUAGACCUAUGGAUUGACAUAUCGAUUGUUUCAGUACACCCUACAGAUCGCGUACAAAUCUCAUCUCAAAGUCGAAAAAAACGUUAUUUAUUAUUAUGGGCCUAUUCAUUUUAAUGAAAAGGCCCAUAUCACUCUUCCCCUAGUAAACGAUACUUUCUGAAUUUGCGCUUAGCCAUUGAAAUGAGCGGAGCUCACUUCACUGCCGAGUCGUAGGGCUUGCCUGGACAGACGGAUUGACAUAUUGCUUGCCUGUGUCACACCCCGAUCGUGCCGAUCCUCCUGUGCCACGCCCCCCCCCUCGUUAACCUCAUGUGGAUUCCCAGUGUUUAACAGCUGUUUCUGUUUGUCGUCAUUAGUCCAGUGUAUUUAGUCCGCGUUUUCGUUCAUUUCCCCAGUCCAGUCAUUUACAUUACGUGUGGCUUGGAGCGUGUUACCCCAGCAACAAAGCCCUUUUUGCUCGUAUUCACGGCUUCUGUUGCCUGCUUCCUUGUUGGAUCGUGACAGCCUCGGUACACCUUGCGGAUCGCGUACAAUUUUAUUGCAAAAUCAAAAAAAAAAUUAACCAUUCUUCCGUAAAUUUCGGCAAUUAAUGCGGGUCGUACCGUAAGGUGCACCCAGGCAAUCGAUAUAUCAAAAGUUAGUCCUCGAUGGUGUGAGGUGUGCUAUUACUUUUCUUGC